AUGACCAUAAGAGUGAACACAGAAGAUCUGCAGGAAACACAGAGGAAGAGAAACCUUACUUCACUUCAUUCUUCGUCUCAUCCUAACGACAGCAGGAACUUUACUGCUCUUUGUCCACCUUCCAGCUCGACUUUAAUCGUGAUGAACUCCUCCAGAGUUUCUUAUUUCACUCUGGCUGCGUAUCUGGACUCUGGACUGUUGAGAUACUUGUUCUUCAUGAUGCUCCUGUCGUUGUACUUGUUGAUCGUUUGUGCCAACGUGCUGCUGAUUGUAGUUAUCUGUAUGAACAGAAGUCUCCAUGAACCUAUGUACGUGUUUCUGUGCAGCCUGUUUGUAAAUGAACUGUACGGCAGCACAGGCUUGUUUCCUUUGCUCCUGGUUCAGAUUCUCUCGGACGUUCACACGGUUUCUCUUCCUCUGUGUUUCCUGCAGAACUUCCUGUUGUACUCGUACGGAGGUGCAGAGUAUUUAAACCUGGCCGUCAUGUCUUAUGACCGAUACCUCGCUAUAUGUUGCCCUCUGCAGUACAACACACACAUGACAGUUAAGAAGAUUGCAGUACUAAUCAGCGUGGCGUGGUUUUGUCCUUUGCUUCUGUGUUUAGUUAUGACGUCUUUGAGUAACUCUUUACAUCUGUGUGGAACCAUUAUUGAGAAAGUUUACUGUGACAACUUCUCCAUAGUCAAACUGGCCUGUUCCGACACCACAGUCAACAACAUCUAUGGACUGUUUGUGAGCUCUUUGUCAAUAUUUUCUCCUCUAAUUCUCAUUUUCUUCUCCUACAUGAAGAUUCUGAAGAUCUGUCUCUCUGGCUCCAAGCAGACGAGACAGAAAGCCGUCAGCACGUGUGCUCCUCACCUGGUCUCUCUGCUCAACUUCUCAUGUGGAGCUUGUUUUGAAAUCCUGCAGAGCAGAUUUCGCAUGAGGACGUUACCCAAUGUUUUGAGGAUAUUCUUGUCCUUGUACUGGCUCACGUGUCAGCCGCUGCUCAACCCGUUAGUCUACGGACUGAAUCUGUCCAAAAUGCGCAUCAUAUGUAAAAGUCUUGUUUUUGCUGAAAUAACACGUUGAUUCGGGUCAAAACAUGUCUGAGCUGAUUAAAGAUUAAAAACUGUGAAUUCAAGUUGUUUUCUUAGAAACAGGGUUUUUAAAUAUAAUGAAAGAAAGAAUAAAGCUUUUACU